GCAAGGAAAGAUUUCAGAGAGUCAGAAAAUGCACAUGAGAGAGGAAAAAAAGUUUUACAAAGACACCAUUCGUCCUUAAAUGUGCAAUGGAGAGACGAGGCUGAGGAAAGGAAGGAAGCUGAAGAAUCCUCUGGGACAUUAGUGGAUGCUACAGCCAGCUUCACCCUGCAUGAAGGCUCAAUAAGGGAGCUGUCCAUCCUCUUAAACUUAUACCAGAGCAUGGCAAACGCCCACGUGCUCGCCAAACAUUCAGACGUCGCCCUGGAAGAGUUACCUUGGACAGAGCUUUGUGCACUCUUGCGUGAGAAUGUUGAAGCCCUGAUCUUGAACUUCCACAAGGCUAACGAGAGGAUAUCCCACCUAGAAUAUAUUUGCAAGCACAAAACUGACACUAUGAACAACCUUCAGCAGAAGCAGGAGGAGGCUUUUGAGAAAAUGUCUGAACAGUUAAAAGCACAGGAACAUUGCAGGCAGAAAGAAGAGCAAUAUCUUGAAGAGCAGUACUCCAAUAUCCUUGCAGAAGUUCAUGCAAGAGCACAGGAAUGUGAAGAAACAGCGCAGAAAACCAGGCAAAAACUGUAUGGCCUUGAACAAAUCUGCGAGAAACUGGCCCACGAAAACAAUUCCAUGACAGAUACAUUAGCAAAUGCUCACAAGGCACGCUCAUCCCUACUGGCAGCCUGUGCACUGCUGUCAGGGGCCCUAUGUCCUCUCUAUGGCAGACUGUGCGCUGUGUCUUGCCAAAGAGACAUUCUUCAGGAGCAGGUGAACCACCACAAAUUAUUGAACCAGAGGAUCAUCAGCCUCCUUUAUGCUCUCCCUACUAAUGUGGAAAACAGCCAAGGCGAAGGCAGGCUGAGGCAGAGAAGAGCCAAGCACCUGGUUUAUGUCUUCCGAAGAGCUGUGAUUGCAGUUCUGGCCGCUAACAGGCUGAGGGCUCUGGCCCGAUAUUCUUGUACUUUUUUCGUGUGGACAGAUGGCUCCAGAGGAUGCACUGGAAUUCAAGUUUGUGUGGGAGAAUCCAGAGGCAGGCAUGUGUCAUGUUUUGAAGAGGAAGGAGUUGACUGUAUUGAAGCACUUGACUGGUUGACUAGCUCUAACCUCUAUACUGCAAUAGUCAGUUCCAUCUCUGAACUGGAGGAUGUUCUCAGUAAACAAGAUGCACGCUCCUGGCUUUCUGGACACUCCCUUAUCAGUGCAGCCAGGAACUGCUUUGCAAAACUGAUGGACAACCUGAGCAUACUGAUGGAGACAGUUCAAGGGAAACCUUGUGGGUGCAGAGCUUUCCUGGAGAGGGACUCCCUGAUACAGAGGCUGGCUCGUGGGCUCCGCAGAGUAAAUGCCCAGGCCCUGGAAGCUGGAUUGUAUGACAGACUGCCCAGCACAAGAAACAUAGCAAUCUUGCAGCAAGAAAUAUUUGAAUUUUCACGAAGGCUUCAUGCAGCAGAGGUAGAAUCCCACUCACUGCACCUGCAGCUUGCAGAAUGCAAAUGGAGUUGCAAUGAGAUGCAAAAAGAUGCUGAAAAAGCCCACAGACUGCAAGAGCAAUUAAAUGAACUUCAGCAUAAAAUCAACCAAGACAAUAUGCAGGAGGAGUUAAAUAAUGCUUUGCAGCGUGAGCAGGAGGCAAGAUUGCUUUUACAAGAGCACCAGCGACGGCUUCAGGAGCUGAGUAAUAGACUGGAAUCGUGCCCACUUAUCGACACAGAUAGAAGCCAAGUCUCCAGUGUAUCUCUGAUGAGACUCUCUAAUGCAGUGGAGGAGCUGAGGAGCAGAGACCGAGAUCUGGAUCACCAGAAGAGACUCCUGAAAGACACGAAGCAGGACCAGCAGUGGCUGCGGGAGACUCUUGAGGAGGCAGAACCUGCCCUUGAACAGGGAGUAAAAGACAAAGAGUUGAUAAUUAAUCAUAUGAAAGCUGUGGAGGCCACCCUGAAUGAGGCCAGAGAGCAGGCCAUGGCAUCAGGUGCUGCAGCAGCCACGCCGCUCCCCAGCCUGCAGCUGGAGACCCUUUCAGAGGAAGCAGUGAGGGACAGGCCAGAGGCUAUGGCAUUCCAGCACAUGCUUAGACCGUUUAUGGAUCUCUACUCACUGGCAGCUUCCAAAGUGAAAGCAUUAACAUCAGGAAGAGAAUCUUCACAGAUUCACUUUGAACCCUUAGCUGCUGAGCCUCUAACUCCUGCUGCUGAUGAAUCCUUGCAAGUUCACUUUGUGCCCCAAGCAGCUGGUUCACCUCCUCCUGCUGCUCCUUCUGCUCCUGAUGAAUCUUUGCAAGUUCACUUUGAACCUGAAGCAACUGGAUCGCCACCUCCUCCUCCUGCUGCUGCUGAUAAUUUUCAGCUCCAUGUUUCACUUCAGGCAGCUGGCAGACCUAUUGCUGCUGCUGCUGCUCCUGCUGCUGCUCCUGCUGCUGCUGCUGCUCCUGCUGCUGCUCCUGCUCCUGCUGCUGCUCCUGCUCCUGCUGCUGCUCCUGCUGCUGCUGCUGCUCCUGCUGCUGCUCCUGCUGCUGCUCCUGCUCCUGCUCCUGCUCCUGCUGCUGCUCCUGCUCCUGUUGAUAUUUUUCAGCCUCUCAUUUCACCCCAAGCAGCCACUGCACCUCCUGCUCCUACUCCUGCUCCUGAUGAAUCUUUGCAAGUUCACUUUGAACCAGAAGCAACUGGAUCGCCACCUCCUCCUCCUCCUCCUACUGCUGCUGCUGCUCCUGCUGAAUCUUUGCAAGCUCUCUUCGAACCCAAGACUGGUGAUACACCACCUGCUCCAGCUCCUGUUCCUGCUCCUGAUGGAUCUUUUUGGGGUCGAAUCGGACCCCAGCUAGCCAGAACACCUCCAGCACAUGCUCGUGACAGUGAUGACUCUUUUCGACCUCUCUUCGUGCCCAAAGGAGCUGCUGCACCUCCUGGUCCUGAAAGUGAUGGUUAGCUUUGCACCCAAAGCACCCUGUACACCUGCUACUACUGUUCCUGCUCCUGCUGAUAUUUUUCAGCCUUACAUUUCACCCCAAGCAGCUGGUAGACCUCCAGCUCCUAUUCCUGCUCCUGAAGCACACUGGAGAGUGCCUAGCCACAGAGCCUGUAGUGUAUCUGGAACACACGUACCUUCCAUUGUGGUAGCAGGCAGGACCUACAGUGUCUCUGAAACCAACACACCCUCCAGUGUGACACCAGGCAGAUUCUACAGUGUGUCUGAAACCAACAUACCCUCCAGUGUGACACCAGGCAGAUUCUACAGUGUCUCUGAAACCAACACACCCUCCAGUGUGACACCAGGCAGAUUCUACAGUGUGUCUGAAACCAACACACCCUCCAGUGUGACACCAGGCAGAACAGGUUUUGGGUCAUCAAUGGGCAGAGUCAUCAACCUGACACCAACCAGAACCAAUACUGGGUCAUCAGUGGAUGCAUCCUCCCAUAUGAGACAAAACAGAGCUCUUACUGUGCCUUCAGGCAACAUGUCCUCCAGUCUGAGAGGGAAUAGAGCUGGUACUGGGUCUUCAGUCAACACAUCCUUCCGUUUCAAACCACGAAGAAGCAGUUCUUUGCCUUAAGUCAGACCUUCCAGUCAGGAUGUCUUACCCAGCACCAGAAGAAAUCAGGAAAUUUAAUUAUCAGAUGUGACAGAUUUCUUCACCAAAAAACUAGCUUCUCUUCAGAAAGAAAAUACUUCAGCAAUGCAAAAAGAUCUAAAUAAAGUACAGUCUUACCUACCUUUGUAUUGUAGUU